UGUAGUUAAUUUCUUUAUUUGACAAAAGCAGGUCCGAAUUCAACGGAUUUUUUUCUUUAUAACCGUGAAAACAAGUUUCAUUUAAGCCACAUGGAUAAAGAUUUUUUUAAUUCGAAAACAAAGCAUAUUUUUGCCUAUUUUCUUGUGAUGACCUGAAAAAUAUAAAAAUCAUAGUGUUUGGGGUUCACGAUUUAAAACGUCCCCCACUUUUCUACCCCAAAAUAAAUGCACAAAAAAACAACCUUGGAGCCCCUAUCGCAUGCGUAACAUUCUUUGCAUGUACGUUUUAUAUCGCAUGCAUUACUUGAUUUACACUUGCGAAUCAUCGCACACCUACUCAAAUAUUUCUGAAAAAGACUGUUUAUUGUUAAAAUUUAAAAAAAAAAUCAUACCUUAUUUAUUUAAGUAAUAUAAAAUUAAAAAGAUAAAUAAUAAUAUAAUAAAUAAGACUGGAAAAUUAAAUUACCUGCAUCACUAACGUAAUGGAGCAGACAGCAUGCAAGUUUCAAGUGCAUAAGAAAAAAGGUUUUACAUUUCGACGAAAAAGUGAAGAGAGUGUUGGUGCAAGUGGUGAUGGAAAACUUAGCACUUUGAAGUUGACAUCAACACCUGCAACCAUACCAACACAAAAGAAAAGUCUUCAGCAAUGCACACCUUUUCAGAUAGACACAACAUGGAAAAAAACAGAAAUAAAGACUAAACAAGUUGCAAAAGUAACUCCUCUUGCUAAUGUGGUAGCUAGAAAUUUCUUCAAACGGCCAGAUAAUCAAUCUAUAACAAAAGAUACACCAGUUAGCAUAAAGAAGGGAAUUGUUGAUUUGACAGAUGACGAUGACACAGAUCAGAAUUUUUAUGAUUUUUCCACUGAUUUUGAUGAAGAAGAAGCACUGUUUGGGAGUACACCCUUAUCCACAAAGCAAAACUUUUCACAUUCAUUUCAAAGCAGAGCAAAACCAUCACCAAAGUCUUUAAAGAAAUCACCAUUAGCAUUCCACAAUGCUGACCUGUUUGAGAAAUCUUUGGAUGAUAAAUUGUCUAUCUACAACUCUGCUAGUUUUCAGUCUAUGUCAAAAGAAAAUGUACAGCCUACAACACAUUGUGUUUCUUCUCCCGCAACAUUAUCUCCUUCUCCUGCAAUAAUAUCUCCUUCUACUGCAACACCAUCUCCUUCAAUAACAACUUCAAAGCUAAUCACACUGAAGCAGUCUUUGGCACAAGUGAAAAGAGAAAAAUCAGAAUGCAUGAAAAAAUGGAAGAAUUUAGUUGCAGAAGAAGAAAAACUAAAAACACAAAUAGAUGAAUUUACAAAAUGCAAAUCAUCCAACAUUAUGUACGAAACAAGCAGUGUAUCCCUUAUUGAACCUAGCAACGUGUGGGAAAAAACAAAUGAUGUUACUGAUUUAACAGCAGGUGAUUAUAGGUCUCCUUAUCAAAAAAGAACUGAAAUAUAUAAAUCGACUUUGCUUCAUAAUUCAGUUGAACCUAGCAAUGUGUGGGAAAGAACAAAUGAUGGUACUGAUUCAACAGCAGGCGAUUAUGGGUCUCCUUAUCAAAAAACAACUGAAAUACAUAAACCAACUUUGCUUCAUAACCCAGCUCACAGGAACCAUUCUCGGUAUCCCCGUGUAAUGGACACGCUCAGAUCAUCAUUUGGUUUACGUGCAUUUCGAGCAAAUCAAUUGGACGCAAUUCUGUCUGCACUGAAUAAAGAAGACUGUUUUAUUUUAAUGCCAACAGGGGGAGGGAAAAGUCUUUGCUAUCAAUUAACUGCAUUAGUUAACGAAGGAGUGUCAAUUGUUGUUUCACCUUUAAGAUCCUUGAUCAGUGAUCAAACACAGAAGUUAAAAUCGCUAAAAAUACCUGCUGCACAUUUAUCAUCAGAUCUUACUCCAUCUGCUGAACAGUUAGUUUAUUUGGAUUUAAACAAAGCAAAGCCAUCCAUUAAGCUGUUGUAUGUUACACCAGAAAAACUAAGCAUAAGUUCCAGACUUUCUGGGAUACUCCAGCAGUUAUAUUCUAGAAAUCUAUUAGAACGCUUUGUUAUUGAUGAAGCACAUUGUAUCAGUCAAUGGGGUCAUGAUUUUCGUCCUGACUACAAAAAACUUAAUCUAUUGAGAAAUAAAUUUCCAUCUGUUCCAGUAAUGGCACUUACUGCUACUGCAACACCAAGAGUUCAAACUGACAUUCUGAACCAAUUGAAGAUGAGGACUCCAAAAAUAUUUAAGCAAAGUUUCAAUCGUGGAAACCUAAAAUAUUCCGUUCUACCGAAAUCCAAAAAGACACUGUCAGACAUGGUAUCCCUGAUAAAAACAGAGUUUAGUAAUAGAUCUGGUAUUAUAUACUGUUUUUCAAGGAAAGACUGUGACAGCACGUCACAAUAUUUACAAUGCUGUGGCGUAAGUGCUUCUUCGUAUCAUGCUGGACUCACUGAUAAUCAACGAAGUAAUGUGCAUGAAUCAUGGCUGAAGAAUAAUAUCAAAAUAGUUUGUGCUACUAUCGCCUUCGGUAUGGGUAUAGACAAACCAGAUGUACGUUUCGUUUUUCAUUUCACCAUUCCGAAAUCAGUCGAAGGUUACUUUCAAGAAUCCGGCAGAGCAGGAAGAGAUGGUCGAAAGUCUGUGUGUAUAUUAUAUUAUCAAUAUGCUGAUAUGUACAAAAUUCGAAGAAUGAUAGACAGUGACAAGGAUGCAAAUCCUGAGACACGAAAAGUUCACAUGGACAAUCUAUUUCGUGUAGUGCAAUAUUGUGAAAACAAAGUGGACUGCCGACGUGCUCAGCAACUACAUUAUUUUGGUGAGGGAGAUUUCAACACAGAAGAAUGCAAACGAAACGCUGCUACUACUUGUGAUAAUUGUGCUUUUUCUUCUCAGAUCCAAAAGCUUGAUGUUACUGCAGAUGCGAAAGCUAUAUGUCAAGCUGUAAAUGAAUUAUGUCAUAACGGUAACAUGGAUUUCCGAAGGCCAGUUCGAAACGCGUCUAAUCGUCUGACAUUAUGUCAGUUUGUGGAUAUCUUCAAGGGCAGUCAAAAUGCGAAAACUAAAAUGUACGAUUCCUGUAGUUUGUACAACAAAGGUGGUUCCUACCAACGGAACGACGCGGAGAGACUGUUCCGUCAUCUUGUACUUACACGCGUGCUGUCAGAAGAGCUGGUGUUAGGAGCACACGAAAAUGUCAUAUCAUAUAUAAAGCUCGGACCACGUGCAUCUGACCUUCUUAAUCAUAAAUUUCAGAUGCAUUUGAACAUUCUGCAGAAGAAAAAAUCAGUGGUACAACCAAGUAAGGCGACCAGUCAGAAUGUUAUCAAUGGAGCUGACGAAUGUUUUGAUGCACUGUCUCAGUUGAGAACGCAAAUGGCGAACGAAAACAAUUUGCAGAAUCCGGAAACUAUCAUUGGUGUAAACGUUCUACAUUCUUUGGCCGAGGAGCAGCCACGAAAUAAGACAGAGAUGCUUAAAUGCAUAGGAAUUACUUCAAAUUGGUUUGAAAUGUGGGGUGACGACUUUCUACAGGUUACAAAAUCUUUCCAUGAAAAAUACAACCCUCGACCAGCCCCUGUGUCAUCAGAAACUUGUUCCCCAUAUUUUCAUACGGACGAUUUGGAUUAUGAACAACCCAUAAUACAGAAACGAGGAGGAAAAAAAGGAGGGGGAGGAAAGAGAAAACGAACAAAGAAAAGACAAUAUACAAAGAAAAAUAAUACAAAAUCUGCUGAUAAUGGUUGGCCGCCUGCUUGGAAAAGCACUACCAACAGUACAACUUCUCGUCUUAUGGCACCGCCACAACCUAAAAGACCGCGUUUCACGUGACCUUUUUGCUGUUUAGUUUUUGUUGCAUGAGAAUUGAUGUUGACAAUUGAUCUUCUAACCAAGUAUACAUCUCUGGCUGUUUUAGUUAAAAACGUAGAUAAGGCACUUCUUAUAUGGAGUAUCACUAUGAUUGUUUACUGUAAUAUGGUAGCUCUUGGUUUUGUUUCAGUGACAGCAGUGACUUUUUGUCUACUCGUAAGGUCCUUAAGCCAUUCUUUUAGCAGUUUUUCUUGUUGAAAAAAUAUUUUUAGAAAUUAUUUUUAUAUUUUGUACAUAAUGUAUUGCUGAUAUUGGUGUUGCAUAGAUUUUAAAUUGUGACA